UUUUCUAGUAAGUUUCAAAAGUACGCAUAUGUUUUGCAUUAAACAUUCAGUUUUGCACUUUGAGUGAAAUAGCGCGUUUUCUUCAAGCCUUGCAAGAAACUUGCAUCAGCAUAAUAACACUCAACCGGAAAAUGACAACUCGUUCGCGCCUGACGCCCUUUCGUCGCUUCCUCUGAUGCUCGGCGCUUCGCUGUCUUCUUGGCAGUUCCGUCCAUCACAAUCAGUCAUAUUUGAGACGACGGACCCAGUUAACGUAUCCAUUACCGCGUCUGACGCCUCGCCAGAUGGGUUUACUCAUACAAAUUCAGACCAAAUUAUUCCCAACAGCAAGGAUACUUCAAUGGUCAGUCAAUUACAGGAUCUGGAUCUGAGGUCAAGGGUUUUAAACACAUCGUGCUUCAAGGACAUUUUACUCAACGCAACUUACAAGGGAAAGGGUCGCGGAAAUUAUUUUCAUUCUAAGGUUUACAAUGUCGCAUAUUGCAAGGUGCCAAAAGUCGGCUCAACCUUUUGGACACUUUUAUUCGCAAUUCUUGACAAUGGAGUCGAUGUUGGCAAAAAGCUUUUGGAAAAUAAACGCAGUUCUGUACACGCCGGAAGUUACUCAUUUUCGUCCUCGUUCACAUUCUUGAAGAGUGCGCAUGUUCCAACAAUUCUCCCAACACGUGACCCAUAUUCUCGGCUUUACUCGGCUUUCAUCGACAAGUCGCACUUGCCCACUAGAAUACACAUAAAUUACGCUGUCCUAGGCAUUCAAAACAAAUCACUGUGCCCAACGGAUGUGUCUUUUCAAGAAUUUCUCCAAUGGAUUUUAAACGAAGCGAAAGCAGGCAAAUCUUUAGAUGAACACUGGGCACCGAUGUAUUCUAUUUGCGGAUCUUGCGAGGUUAACGCUCGGUACAUUGUAAAACAAGAAACAUUUACAAACGACAUCGGCGUCGUAUUACAGACGCUGAACGUCUCUUCAGAUAAAUACGACUUCAUCAUGCAUACGCUGGAGGGCAAGCGGAUCCAGUCAUCCUUACCGGGAAUUGUGGCUACAAUUCUAGAGCGGAGUUCUGGGGCCGCGGUGAGCCGAUGUAUGCAUUGGGCGGAGGUCACUCGAAGGAUAUGGCGCUCUUUCCAGAUACAGGGCUACAUUCGCGAGGACCGAGGAUAUCCACAAAGCACGUUCGAGUCCAUUCGAAACAAUUCGGAUCCCUCCCUAGUUUCUGAUAUAAUAUUGGCGGAAAUAUUCAAGUAUACUUUGUCGUCAGAAGAACGAAAAAUUCAACGAGAAAAUGCGUUAAGGAAAGCGUAUGAGGGCAUCAGCAAAGAUGUUGUCGACGCGAUUAAAGACUUGUACAGUGUGGACUUUUCAAUAUACGGUUAUUCUUAUAUUCCACCAAAUGAAAGAUAAAUCAAUCAAAUUCUCCUUUCUGGGAUAAAACUACUUUCAGAAUAGUUCUUCACUGUCAUAUGCAAACAAAUAGCCUGAAUUUAAAUAUGUUUUUUUUCUUAUAUGCAUACCAUGUUUAACUUCUGGGUUGUAUGGUUAUGUCAUGUAUAUUUGUAGAUUUCAUCAUUAUUAAGGUAUUUUCAUUGAUUUUGUGUACAUAGUUUGCAUGUAUGGUUUACAUAUCUUGGAAAUACCUCUCAACUGCACAUGUUAGAGGACUUGAAUUACUGUGCUAUUUAGGUUCUUUAAAACAAUAACGUAGUUUAACUCCUUACCACUUAGAGACGUAUUUUAACCCUUUACCACCUAGAUAUGUAUUUUGACGCAUGUGUAGUCCCUUAGACAUUUAUAUCUGAUUUAAGACCUUUCUUACUAAAUUCAAGUUUUAAAGCUUCAAUUCCAACAUUUAGAUACUGAUGAGCAGCAAACAUCAUAAAACCUAAACAGACUGCGAGUUAAACGCAGGCUGUUCUGGUUUUAUGCUGUUUGCACAUAGCCAUUUUCACUUUGCUUCUAAGUGGGAAAAGGUUAAACAUAUGUUCAUAUGUUCUACUUAUUCUCCUUCGUGUAUUGUACAAGAUCCCUCUCUAAGGCUUUGUCGUACAAAAACGGGUCAAGAGUCAUGUUGUGGCGCAUUUAAAAGAAAAAAGAAAACUUUUUACAAAAUCAUUCAUGGCUUAUUUUUGUACCGUCCUUUCAUUGAAAGCUUCAAGGCUGGGAGCCGAAACAAGGUGGUUUGGCAGAUGAUUCCACAAUCUUGUUUCUGACGUGAAGAAGGUAUUUUAAGGUAGUCUGUCCUGCAUUUGGAAUGAUGUAUCUGAUACGGCUGCAUCAUGUUGAUGAUGUCGCAGGGCGGAGAUUGGGACCAGGUGGAAUGUCAAUUAGGUUGUUUAUAAUUAUGUACAUGAUAGUGGCAUUAGCGGUUGGUCUUUUAUCUUUGAGGGUCUGCCAUCCAAUGUCAUAUGUGAGCUGCUACAAAGGUUCUUAAGUCCCUUUUCAUGUAACGGGAAGCGCGUCCCUGGACGGCUUCAAUAUGGUUAAUGCACGUCUGUGUGGGGGUGCCAUGCAGUUGCAGAUUACUCAAAUGUUAGUCGCACUAAAGUUGUGGAUAUGCGUGUUAUGAGUGAAGGUGGGCAGCUGGAUAGGUUGCGGCUCCGGAAGCCGUGGGUUUUGCUUUCCUCCCAGUUGACUGCGGCUACAUGAGAUUUCCAGGACAUGUUGUCCGAGAUCGUCAAUCCGAGAUAUCUCCCUUCCAUCACAUCUGCAAGCUUCUGUCCAUCGAUUACAUAUUCCGAAUGUAUUCGGUUGCGCUUUUUGGAAAUGUGCACGGCUUCACAUUGUGUCGGACUGAUUGUAAACUACCAGUCUUUUCCCCAUUUCUGUAGGGCGUCUAGGUCAAACUUGAGUGUUGUUUCAUCCUCAGUUAUCUUGAUCCCACUGUACAGAAGACUGUCAUCGGAAAAGAGUCAGGUUUUUGAGGUUACAGUACCCGGUCGGUAAUGUACACCAGAGAUAGCAGUGGUCAAAGGACAGAGACCUGAAGGACGCCUGAUGUGACGUCGGCUGGAUUUGAGAACUGUAUAUCAACAAAGACCCGUUAGCUUCGUCCAGUUAGGAAGCUCUCUAUCAAGGUUAGGACUGGUCCUCUGAUAACGUAGUGUCGCAGUUUCAGCAGGAGUUGUUGAUGUGGAACAACAUCGAAGGCUCUGUAAAAGUCGAGUAGUAUUGCAUCGAUUUGCUCCACAGCUACAAUUGAUGCAACACGAUGAGAAUUUGUUGCGACUCACAGCUGCUUGUUCGCCGAAAGCCUUUUUUGAUCGGCUAGGAUUAGAAAUACGCGUUUUAUCCAAAUUUCCGAUGAUGUUCUUUAUGACUCUCUUUAUUUCUAUCUAUGAUUAUCGGUGGCGGAAUUAUUACUGUAUUAAUUUUAAGUUGUUGUAUAGGUGUAGCUUCUGCUCGCUUUUUUCGAUAUAUAACUGUUUCGUCUCGAAUGUUCCCUUUUAUUAUUUGCCAUGAUGUAUUUGGAUUACCUUCGCGCUUAAAAGGUGCAAUUGUAGAUAAAAAAAGUUCCGAUACAUCUUUGAUAUUCUUGUCACAAUAAACAUGCUUGUUAAAAUACCCCGGACCUCUGCAAUGAAAAUGUAAAUCGAUUUGAAUUGAUACUAUAGAGUAGUCUGAAUUGAACCCAGGGGAAAUGUUACAAUCUAUGUGGCACUUUGCAAUGUCUUGACAUAUUGUUAAAAACUAUUAUCGACAAAACAUAUACGGUGUUUGCCAUGUAUAAACUUUACUAUGUGGAUUUUUUAACGCCAAGUAUCACAUAGAUCAUUGUUUUCAAUUAUUACGUCUAUUUAUUUUGUUUUAUUUGUAUCUGAUCGACCGUUCAAAUAAUCUAAAUUAUAACCAAUAACACUGUUUAAACCAAAUCUUUAACAAAAGUUUAAAAAAAGUGUCCUUUCCUAAAUAUGUGACAAGUCCCUUUAAUAGGGGUAUUCCACUAAGACCCGAUUCUUCACGAUUUGUCAAGAUUUCCAAUAUUUUGAGGUCGGGGACAUUCGUUGCUCAAUCGGCGACGGUCCUAUCUCAUUCGUAGCUAGUCGUGGGUCGAUCGUAAGUUAUUCCUGCAACUCGUGAGCUCCCGAAAAAUCGUGGCCAGAUUUAAAACGUGUUUGUAACUUGACAAGGACCUCCAAGACAGAAUUUAAAUACAUUUGACUCGUAACAGCGUCGUAGUGCGUUCUUGAGCGUCUAAUGGAAUCGUAGGUAAUUCGUGACUCAAUCGGGAAAUCGGUGAUCACGUGAUCUGUCUACAAAUCAGCUACGACUUUGUCAAGACUCUCACGAGUUCACCCCGAAUGAGUUGCGAGCCCGCUAAGAUUUAAUUCGCAAGAGUUUAAUCGAACCCUACGAUUCGUCGUAACUCAAUCGUACCAGUGUCGUAACUGAAUCGUAGACUGUCACGAGUCUUCCCGAUUUAACAAAUGUGAUAAAUCGUAGCGAAUCGUGGGCUUGUUUUCGUAGUGGAAUAGGGCCAUAAGACAAGUUUGAACAUUAAGAGCCUUGCUGAGUUGCUUACCGAACAUAUUAAGUCAUGGCUGUCCGUGUCAUUUGUCAACAAAGUCUGACAUGUCAAGUAUUAUAUUAAGGUAGCGCACCUCUAAUGAUUUCCCGCGAUUUCUUCGAAGGUUGGAGAGCCUACUAUUAGGUGCCGUAGCCUAGUGGUUAAGGCGAUAGACUAGAAAUCUUUUGGGAUAUUCCCGCGCAGGUUCGAAUCCUAACGACGACGUAUACUUUUUUGCGACGCGUUUUAUUUAUUUUCUUACGUAAUUUGAUUUAAUUUGGCAUAUAAGCUAUAUUUAUUGUUAAAUAUGUUGCAAUUUUUAUGCACAUUCUUCAAUUAUUAAAAUUAAAACAACGUUAUGGCGAAAUUGGGUGAUUUACUGUUGAAAAUACGAACCAUGCAUGUUGCAUUUUUAUUUCAAAAAGUAAACGGUAAAUUUGUCUAGUUCUUGGUAUUUUUGCUGUAUAUAGUGUUUCUAUAAAAACUAAGUUUAAAAUAUGACUUAAAUGAUACUAUUUUGAAUUUUAUGACACUUUGUUUUUAACCGACCCAAUUUUUACUUGGCUGAAAUCACUUACAUUUCAUGGCGCUCUUCAAUAGAUAAAAAUUUGUAAAAAAUAAAUGUCUGUAAAAGAAUACUUAUUUCAUCUUGUUUAAACUUUAAACACCUUUACAGCAUCUGUACACACCAACUGCAUGCCCAUAUUUGGAAAUUUGAAUGAAUUAUGGAACUUUUAUAUACCACAGGGGUGAAAAUAAACUGGACAAAAGCCGAGCGUGGGGGUGGUUUUGAAAAAAUCGGUAUAUUUUUUUUAAAAAGCAUGGAAAGCCUACCUACAAAUUUGCAUGUAGUUCAGUGAAAUGAUGCUGAUUAAGAAAAUAAUUAAUUAGAUUAUGUUUGGAUAUGUGCCCAUUAGAGGUGCGCUACC